AUGCCACUAUCUUUUUCAAACUUGACACCCGAGAGUAUUAUAAGAUCCAUUUACUCGUCCCCAAUCAAUGUUCACAAAAACGACUUAGGACUGACACUUGAUUUGUCCUACGUAACUCAACAGCUCAUCGUGUGCUCAUACCCCGUUGUCAACUACCCACAGCUUAUUUACAGGAAUAGCCUCCGAGACUUAAUUUUAUACCUGAAUUCACACCAUGGCGCCGGAAACUGGAAGAUAUACAACUUCAAAGUCGAGCGUGGAAAUUCCGAUUAUAGCGAUGAAAACUUAGCUGCUUUGAUCUCAAAAGAAGACACGUUGAGUGGGCCAGAAGCAUUAUACACGUCCCUGAAUCUCCACGGUAACCAAAUAAACUCUCUCUCUCCACUCGAGAACUCCAACUUAUCAUCUUCUGGCCUGCUAAGUCAAGGAACGCCCCUGGCAGAAAUACACCAGUACAUUGAGCGGUAUGGCUGGCUCGAUCACUCUCCCCCUCCUUUUUUGUUAUUGCAGCAUAUUCUGGACGAUAUGCAUAGCUAUCUCACAGAAGACAACCACAGAGUAGCUCUACUGCACUGCAAAAUUGGGAAGGGACGAUCCGGGUGUGUGGUCGUCGCCUACCUUAUGAAAUUUAUGAACUGUUCGUUGCAAGAAAGCCGUGACAUCUUCAUGAACGGUAGGUUCAGAGCUGGUAUAACGCGUGGCGUCACAAUUCGAUCGCAACUGAGGUAUCUUGGAUACCAUGAGCUCUUUCUACAACUUGAGAAGCCUAUUCACAGGCCCAAAGUCCUUAAUGGAGUGGCCAGAUCUCGUUUUAAAAUCACCACUAUUGAGAUUACAAACCCAUUGCCACACUUGAAUUUAGAUACAAAGGCCUGCAGUAUUUUCAUAAAAAUGCACGUUUACAACCGAGCACGAAAUGGGUUGCUGGAAGUAUUUGAUACCGAUUACAAUGACGUUUUAUUUGACGACAGAUCCCACCAGCGGCUGGCGGCAAUAGAUGUUGGAACAUGUGUUGCCGAGAGCGAUAUACGAUUCUCUUUUGGGCUCAGAUUUAAAAGUAACGAGUUCAUCGACAGUUUAACAAAAAUGACAUCUGUUUCCCAUUGUUGGCUAAAUUUGUACUGGGAAACUCUGAUUUGUAGCAGAAACGCAUCUUUGUCAAGCUAUACGCUAGAGGAGCUCCGGAAAGAACAGAUACAGUGCCGUGACGGCAAAAGUUUUGCGCUGUUCACCAUAAAAUGGGAUGAAUUGGAUGGCGUCAAGGGCACUCAAAAUAAAGGUUUAAAGCUUUUCGAAUAUGUGACGUUAAGGUGGCAGCUCUUAUAA